AUGACCAACAACGCUUUUACCCGCCUUUAUGCGGCUCCUGAGGUCAACCCUCUGACAUACAAGGCAUUGUCCGUGCCUAUUUUCAACCCGUUCAAUCAAUAUGGACGGGUGUUUUUAUUUUCCUGGCUUGGCUUCUUCGUGGCCUUUUUGUCAUGGUUCGCUUUUCCACCCUUGCUGACCGACACCAUUAAAAAAGACCUGAACAUGACACAGGCGGAUGUUGCCAACUCCAAUAUUGUAGCCCUUUCGGCAACUUUGCUUGUACGAUUUAUAUCCGGACCCCUGUGCGAUCGAUUUGGCCCUCGCUUGGUGUUUAUUGGGUUGUUGCUCUCCGGCUCCAUUCCAACUGCUAUGGCCGGUUUGGUUACUACUCCCUCUGGCCUGAUCGCGCUUCGAUUCUUUGUUGGUAUUCUUGGCGCCAGUUUUGUUCCGUGCCAGGUGUGGACGACGGGGUUUUUCGAUAAGAGUGUUGUUGGCUCUGCUAAUGCGUUGACCGCUGGCUUGGGAAAUGCUGGAGGUGGUGUCACAUACUUUGCAAUUCCAGCAGUCUACAACUCCCUCGUGGCCCGCGGCCUUACUGAGCACAAGGCAUGGAGGGUCACGUAUAUCGUGCCAUUUAUUAUCAUUGUCGCAAUAGCACUCUGUAUGAUGUUCACUUGUCCGGAUACACCAACAGGCAAAUGGUCGGAGCGACACUUGAAUGGCGUAGAUACGCCACUUACUAUGGGGAAGCCAGAGCUCGGCUCUCCUGAGAUAAUCCCCUCUGGCAUGGCCACCCCGAAUUCAAUCCUAAAGGCAGAUGCAAAGGUCCAAGGCACCCCGGACCCGGAGUCACAGAUUGACAGCUCCAAGGGACAGGUCUUGCAAGAACUUGUAGUAGCACCUACCUGGCGCGAGACGAUGCAAGUGAUGCUCAGCCUUCCGACGCUGUCCCUUGCCAUGCUGUAUGCCUGCACGUUUGGAGUCGAACUCGCAUUAGAUGCUGUACUGGGUAGCUACUACGCGCACAAUUUUCCUUCGCUGGGCCAGACAAAGUCGGGUGAAUGGGCAGCCAUGUUUGGUUUGUUGAAUGUGGUCUUUCGUCCUCUGGGAGGAUAUGUUUCGGACAUCAUCUACCGCCGCACCAAUUCGCUCUGGGGUAAGAAAAUCUGGCUGUCGUUUUUGAGCGUCGUGACUGGGGCGUUUUUGCUUGCAAUUGGCUUGUCUGACCCAAAGAGUGAAUCUACCAUGUUUGGACUGGUGGCUGGCAUGUCGUUCUUCCUUGAAGCUGCCAACGGGGCGAACUUUGCCCUCGUACCCCAUGUGUACCCUUUUGCAAAUGGGAUCGUGUCCGGUAUUGUCGGUGCGUCUGGUAAUUUAGGCGGUAUAAUCUUCAACAUCAUUCUCCGGUACAAUGGCACGCGAUAUGAUCGAUCAAUCUGGAUAAUGGGUGUCAUCUGCAUAGUAGUUGGCUGCGACAAGACCAAGCCAGUCUGCAAAAGAUGUAGCCAGACCGGAUACCAGUGCGAGGGCUAUGGCGAAGAGCGGAGUUUCGUCUAUGUCAUCCCCACCAGAACACCUCAGUCUCACAAUUCCGAUGGGAAAACAACAGAGGAAAAUCUAAAACAAGUCACGCUCAAGUCGUCCCGGCAGCUUCCCCAGCCGCAGCCUACCAACUCAAUUAAUUCGAGCGCUGCCAAUCGAGUCCAGGUUCUGUCCUAUUUUCUCGACCAUUAUCUUCCGAGUCGGCCGGCUAACCAGCGGGAAAGCCAGACGGCUUUAACUUGGAUCAGGAGUCUUCCGGCGAGUCUUGGGAAAUGGAAUUAUUUGGAUAUGGCAUUGUCGGCAUUGUCUCUGGCCUAUAUUGGAGACAUGCAUCAGAACCAAUCGGUUCUUCGACAGGGGGAGCGUUGUUACGACUCGGCUUUGAUGCGUAUGAGGGCUCGUCUAUCUCAGAAUUCGGUCGAUGAGGGGGUGCUUGCAGCUUGUAUGUACGGAGGUACACAAGGAUGGAUGUUUCAUGUAAAAGGCGCUUGCUGGCUGCUAAAGCUUCGAGGGCCGCCGUCGGAAAAGUCGCCUCUUGACAUGAAUCUUUACCGUCGAAUUCGAGCUGCAGCGCUGUGGGACUCUUAUGGAAGUGGCAAACCGACAUUCCUUGCCAAACCCGAAUGGCGUGGCCUGUCGGACGCGCCAUAUGACCGAUUACUUGACAUCCUAGUUCGUCUGCCUUCAUUGCUGGCCAAAGCGGACCAGAUCGAAUCGACUACGGGUCCUGAAAGUCUUGACAUGUCGACUGCCCAGAGACUCCUUAAAAAAUGCCAUGCACUGCGAGACGAGCUAAUUUUCUGGUAUGCAGAAUUUCAAUCCACGGAAGCAAGCCCUCUAUUUUACCUAGAGCCGGAAGAGCAACAUCCGUACCUUGAACCGGGCUCGGAUUUGCAGGAUGUAUUCCCAGAAAGCGUCACGUUCCAAAACACUUACAUAGCUCAGAUACUACUUCUAUACUGGUACGGCGAAGUGGUGGUGCACUGCGUGAUGUCGCAUAUGCAGAAAUAUAUCCGAGAAGGGCUUCAAAAUACUGCAGUCAAGAGCGAGGAUACAGCAGCAUCAGCAUCACAGCAGGAGAGUUCUCAUGAUGCCAUAGCCAACGUCGAAGCAGUUGGUGAUUAUUUUGCUUCCAAAGUUUGCCAAGCAAUGGCAGGCUGUGGACGGAAUUCUCUCCAAGGCUACGGAUUUCAGAUCGCAAUGGUCCCGUUAUGGGCUGCUCAACAAUUCUUCUUGACACGCUCGACGCGCAAGUACAUUUGGUGCCAGACAGUUCUCGUGAAUUUUAGCACGAAAGGGUUUGUUCUGGCACAGUCAUUGGGAUCUUUACCGCUGAGGCAAUAUCCGGGAAGAUAUGUCGAAACAGUUUCCUCAGCUGAUGAAAUUGUCUAA